CCACCUCCACCCCUCCUCCUCGAUGGACUUUCUCAAGGCCGAGAUCGCAGCCAAGCGCAAGGCAGAGAGCAGCGCCGCCUCGGCCGUCGCCAGCGGCAGCGGCAGCGGCAGCGUGCGCAGCGGCAGCGCCGAGCCGCCGCAGAAGUACCAGCGCCGCGGCGAGGUGGAGCGGGCGCGCAACGAGGUCGACGAGAGCAAGCGGCGCGAGCUGCGCGAGGCGCGCGAGCGGCGCGACCGGGCGCGCGAGGAGAAGCGCCGGCUGAAGGAGGGCAUUGUGGCUCAGCCGGAGGAGGACACAUCUGCGGCUGCCGGCAGCAUCUCGUCGAGCAAGGAGCCAACAGCAGGCGAGACGGCCGCCGCGGCAGCGCUCACAACAGCGCGCGGCGAGGCCUUCAACAUCAGUCCGACGGAGGCGAUCACGCGGCUGCGCGCCAAAGGCCAGCCGAUCCGCCUCUUCGGCGAGUCGGACAAGGAGCGGCGGCUGCGUCUGCGCGCGCUCGAGCUCAUCGAGGAGCGCGGCGAGCGCGUGGGGCAGAACGACUUUAUGCGUGCGCUGGCCGGCGCCGAGGGCAAGGAUGCACUCGAGGAGCUGGAGCGCACACGGCAGGCCGAUGGGCCCAAGGCGGAGCGCGACGAGGAGAAGAAGAAGGCAAAGGAGGAGGAAGAGCGCUUGCAGGACAAUCCCAAGAACCGCGAGGGCAUCGGCAUGGACAGCCUGCUCGACCUCAGCCUCGUGCGCAAGGACGUGAACCGCGUGUACCCGAUGAUCUACUACACGCUCAAGGGCCUCAUGUCGGACUGGGAGCAGGCGCUGGCGGAGAGACCACUGGAGGUGCGGCAGAGCACGCAGGGCAAGAUGGUCGCCGCGACGCAGGUGCAGUCGCGCGAGUACAUGAAGCCCUUCUUCAAGGCGCUGCGCCAGCGCGCCACGCUGCCCGACGUGACGAUGCGUGUGGCCGAGAUUGUGCACCACAUGCAGAAGCGCGACUAUCGCGCGGCCAACGACUCGUACCUGCAGAUGUCGAUUGGCAACGCGGCGUGGCCGAUGGGCGUCACCAUGGUCGGGUGAG